AUGGGUUGGUUGACAAAAUCGGACCCGGCAGACGGCCUUGACGAGACCUUAAAGGCUGAAUUAGCCGCACUCCAACCCAGCGAUGCUGAACGCGCCCGCCUCCACGGCAUCGCUCUCGUCAUCUUCCUGCUGAGUCUUCUUGUCGGCGUUCCAGUCUGGUGGAUGACCACCACACCUGAACAGUACUCCCUACCAGAGGAUAUGGUUGCUCAACUCACUCAGCAAAGAAUCACCAUCAGUCUUGAUGUACGUACCCCAUCCCGCUCUCGCGCUGCCUCAGAACCCCCUGUCUGUCUGUCUGUCUCAGCCUCUGAAGUCUUUUUCUCAAAUGUCUUUAGGUAGUCACUCUUAAUCUUGACCCCUGGUUAUCCGACUCCGACCUCACCGUCCUUGAACGCACGCUCUCUGAGUCCGCUAAUGCAGUGCAGCGCAAAAUGGAGUCGCAAAGGACACAAACUGCACCGGGAUCAAAUCCUGCAGACCCGGGGAUCAUUGUGAAUUAUCGGUUUUUCGUUCGACGCCAGCAGACAGAUGCAAGCUUAUUGGCAGGUGACCCAACAUCCUCCUCGUCACUUGUCUCGGCGCGGCUGGAAAGGCAUAUUUUGAAGUCAGGCCUACUUGAUCGCCUGGAAGUGAAUGAUGGAAAGCAGACUGUCAGGUCUGUUGUGUCCUUAAACUCUCAAAAUUUGUGUAAUAUCUUCCGGCACUUUUCAUAACUUCUCGUAACCGAUAUCUCAUAUGUUCGACAGCCUGGAGUCGAACCGCAUUUCAUCAGUGCCUCGCCACCUGUCAUUCUCUGUCGCCGCAGAUCGGGUAUUUAUUCACUCAGGAAUGGGCACACACCCAUCCAUUGACUUCCCGAAGAAAAAAAGCUUCGUAUGGGUGAUAGUGGUUACGAACGGGCGACCGCCUACCAGUCCGAAGUCGGUCAAGCUAUGAUAACAGAGGGGAGACGGCAGCGUCUGUGGGGUAGAUUGAUACAAAAGUGUUGCGGGCUUGCUUCUCCUCAUUCAGCCAAUCAUAGCUCUGAUUACCGGUCGGUACUGGAAGCACAAGCAUGCGCUCACACACCUGGCGCAGCUGGUUCACCACUGGGGUCUACCAGAUGGGUCAUAAGCACUUCAUCGAACCGAAGUUCAUCAGUGCCUCGCCACCUGCCAUUCCCUGUCGCUGCAGAUCGGUUAUUUAUUCACUGACGAUGCCCACAGGUGGGCGCAGCGGCGGUGAUUUGCGCACGAAUUAGUCUAUGGUGAUAGUAAACUUGUGCAGCAUCUCCUCAUCUCAAGACAGAGUAAGCACGACUAGAGAUGGACUCGAAUGCACUGGCUAACAAAACCAAAACAACCGUCUACGCGUGCCACAAACGACCUGGUUCGCGUACACCGAGCCAAGUUUUCAGGGAAACGAUGGGCAGCCUAGGUCCCAUCUGAGUAGGAGCGCCGUAGGGGCCACAUUGAGAAGGAGCCAUUAUGAGCCGACUCUUCAUUUUGGAAGGAAGACCGAGUUAUCCCGGUAGUCGAUAGCCUUCCACACCACUUUUUAGCGCACCGUGAUGGUUUGCGAACGCGUCAGACCGUAUUUAGGGAAUGCUCUAAAGUACUGUUGAGACGGAGUCCCCUGAAUCGAUUUCACUCCCUCUCACAGACACCGGUCCGCUAUCCAAACCGCUAAACCACAGAAACGCCUGAGGAGUUGUGCCGUGUCGUUUCGCCGAAUGCGUGGCCCCCACUGCGGUGCCUGUGUCUAGUCGACCUCCCUUCCCCGUCUGUUUACGAUCAUUGUUAACAUUGUCGGCGUUUGCCCUAGUUUUACUAGUCAUACUCGUUGAAAGUAUUUUUAAAAGGAAAUUUAUUCUCUCCAAUCUAUCCGGCCUCUGCUGUUUAAAAAUAUCAAUGUUAAACUAGACGGAAAUAAUGCUUCUGCACAUGGGCGGGGAAUUAAUCAAAACUCCAUCCCGGCAAUCUCAAAAAUAAUUUUUUUUCAACCUAUUUCGCCAAAAUUUUGAUCGACAUCGUGCAUUUUUAUUCACUUUGUCAAGAAGAAAGGGAGGUUGAUUGAUAUACUCUGUUAAAUAGAACAGCAUUGCCGACAAAGACAAGGGAGACUGGAAUGGCCAUUUCGGGCUUCUUAGCUCUCGUCAGCUAGUCAUACCCAACCCCGAAGUGUGGAACACCUGGUGCUCGAUCCCGCGACUUGUUAACUAGAAGUCCAGCGCCUCUAACCACUGAGCCACGGGCUCGUUGUCCUGUCGGUUCCGUAAAACCAUCGGUGAGCGCCUCUCUACCACUCUGUUAAGUGUUUAUAACUAAGAAUGCACAGUUUUUUGCCAACUGUAGUACGUUGAGCGUAGCCUGGAUCCAACAACUGGUCAUCGCUACAAUUUUAUGGCGUCUGGCAUUAAGGCGCGUUAUCUGCUCCAACUAUCUCAUUAUUCUGCCAGUCGGUGUAUCGAUCUGUCGCCGGCAUACGGGGCUCUGCGCAGUCACCUCCACACCCGCGGCACUGAUCGUUGGUCGCCUGUUCCGUCGCUGCUGUCACCUCUGACGAUGGAGUCCUGCACGAGUUCAAAAGCUCAGAAAAAUCAAAAAUUAUUCUAUCCUUCUUCCUUACUCGUGCGCAACUGCAUCUGCAACUUGAACACCCGCCUUCACUUUAUUUCCUUUCUGACCACCUUUUUGUGCAUCCCCUUGCAGUGCUGAUGGAGCCUUCUUCUUUGUGAUUCUGCCCCACCAAACUCCAGUGCGUGCGAAGGGUCUUGUCCGCGAUCUUCCCUCAAGAAAGUUGAUUUACCUGUGGUCGCCCUGCACCCCGACUCCUAGCUCCUCAUCGGGUGGGGUCCCGUCGUGCAAGGCCGGUGCAGAGGAGCUCGCCUCGACUAUCCUCCAUUUGUUGAACAACAACCUUGUCAUUCCGAACAAACUGCAGGUACGUCAGUGUACCCAUCAGGGUUCCCUUACUCCUACACAUGUAAUUUGCAGUGCGCCUCUUAUGCGCGGACUAACGCCGCCCCGCGGACCGAGGGUCGAGUUGUGAUGGCUCACUUUUGCAGUAGAUAUGCCAUCUCAUUCAAAAUUCCAACAUGCGUUUUCAGUUUGAAAAGCUCACUUAAGUAGGGUUGUUGUGUUAACUAUCGUGUCGCAUAGUGCUGAAGUAUUCCAGCUGCGUCAGAAUUGCGGUUUUCGAAUGAGCUUCUAAUGGGCCGCCUGCGUAAACUACAUUCUGCAGGAUAGGACUACUUAAUCAGUAUGGGCUUUCUCCAUUGAUUUUCGAUGUUAUUGUAAAUUCAAAUAUAUUUUGUGGAAAACAUCCACAGAAGCAUUCUUCGCUUUACUCGUGUGGUAGUAACCUACGUUUUCUCCUAAUUCCAUGCCUGAAGAAAGAGUAUCUUCCGGUUUUAAAAAACGUUUCUAAGACCGCGAAAUCGCGUCAGCACAUUUAUCGUUGCUGCUUAUAAAAUAGACAACUUGGUCCACAUCCACUACACAAUAUUGUGAGCCUUACAGUAAGUGGGCUAACUCAUGAAGUCUCAACAGAAAUUCUCAAAUGCGUUUUCGUUUCAAAAAGAUUAAUUAAGUAGGGUUGUAAAACUAAUCAUCAUGCAGCAUAAUUCUAUAAUACUUCAGUUACCCCAGGACGCCGGCUUUCGGAAGAACGUCUUUCCGGCUGCAUCCAAAAACCAUACUUGGUUAAAAGUGACUACAUAAGUAGUGGGCAUUUUUUUCAUUGAUUUUCGAUAUCCCUAAGGAUUUUAUUAUAUUUCAUGGAAAACAUGCGCAAAAAUAUUCAUUCUUUUGCUGAUUCAGUAGAAAGUUACGUCUUCUUCCAAUUUUAUACUCGAAAGAAGGGCAUAAAUUGGUUUUAUAAAACUUUUCCAAUUCCCGAAUAAUUUCGAACCCGACCUGCCGUCACGCUUGCAUUCAGGGUUUCAAAACUACAAUCUGUAUAAUUUCCGCGUGCGGAAAACCACACAUUUCUCUACCGCAUUAAGAGGAGACGAUAUGGGGUUCAUAAAAUUAAGCAGUGGAUUUGAACCACAUUUUUACCUUUACAAGCCACAUUGGUGAAUGCAGAGCGAUGACGUUUUAUGAACGGCCAUUGCACGGUAUUAAAAAAUCUCACAAUUAGAAACUUUUUUAAGGAUGGGAUGGGAAGACAGAAGGAAGUCGAUGCUGCUCAUGCUUUCCUUUCUGUAAGACAAUCCACUCCCAAGCUGCCGAACGUAGUUGUGAGCGUCGUCACGUUUUGCGAAGGGUCUGCCAUUAAGUAAGCCAGACUCAUCAUAACCGCUUAUCAGAGAGUAUGUCCCCGACGAAGUAUCGGAAAAUUCUGCGGUCGUUGAUCGAAAACCUGUUCCGAUUUGACCUCCCCGCACACGCCCUACCGAAACUCUCUCUGCAAUGCAUCUACAACAAGUUGCGGUUUUAGACGUGCCCCCAAAAAUUUGGCGACUACUGGCGAAAAACCUCAUAGAAAACCUUGCUACCACACCCGUUUGCCCUUGGGAAGAAGACUGGUAGCGACGCGGUUGGCCAGAUUCGAACUCAGCCCAUGCACCUCGCCGCUUACGUUGGAAUUAGUCACAACGGAACAUUUGAAAGUCAUCGACAGUUCGACCGUCGUUUCUAAAGAUGUCCACCGUGUGCUCCACUGCAAGACGGAGCAUUGACGGUGAAUUGCGCGUCACCUAGUUUAGAGUGAAUGUAGCCUUGCGCAGCAUCUAUUGCGCUCCCCUCCCCCCCCCCCCACCUGGACUUGGUGUAAAGACAGAGUCAAGAAAACCGGAGGCGGGGGAGGGCGCGUGUGGAUGGCACGGUCGAGCCAACACCUUGGCACUCCACUCCACACCCCCUCGUCCACACAGCAAAUGACGAGGAUUUUAACCAACAACAAAAGGGUGGAGGCUGGCGCGACCGAGGCUGCACCUAGGGGUGCUGCCACACCUUUUUCGGUGGCGACAUACGCCAUCUGCUGCGUGGUUUUAUCAGGCCUCUUAGUCUUCAUUCGUGGUACACUGGUUUUGCUAUGCGACAGGGUUCAGCACACCUUUUCCAUCAAUAUGACAUACGGUAGGUGGGCUAACUCAUGAAAUGUCCUCCGAAAUGCGUUUUCGUUUCGCAAAGAUUAACUAAGUAGGGUUGUAAGAUUAGUCAGCCUGCAACAUCAUUCUACAAUAAUUCAGUUUCCUCAGGAUGCCGACUUUCGAAUGAACUUCGUUUCGGCUGCAUGCAAAAACUAGACUAAAAAAUAACUACUUAAGUAGCAAACCAUACAUUUCUCUACCGUAAUAAAGGGGGACCAUAUAGGGUUCAUGAAAUUACGCAGUGGAUUUCAUCCAUAUUGUUGACUUUACAAGCCACAUUGGUCUUGAUUCGUGCUACACUGGUUUUGCUAUUGGACAGGGUGCAGCACACCUUUGCCAUCAAUGUGAGAUUGUCCCUUAAUCCCCCUUUGGAUAUGGUGCCGACACGGUUAUUCUGAAUCAUCCAUUAAAUUUUGAGGUCCUGAUGUGAUUCUGUUGCAGAAAAACUUACCGUCCGGAUGGCACAAGCGCCCUGUUGUAGCCUGCCAAGCUGCGCGCUUCAUAAUACACCAGCUAUCUGUGUGCGCAGGGACCAUCUUAAGGACAGAUUUAAGUUGGUGUCGACGGAACACCUGUCGUCCUUGUUACUUCUGUCAGAGCCAUUGACCCUGUACGAGUCCCGCGGAAGCACACGGACCGCAGCUUUCCCUUCGUCAAAAAGGACGAUUAAAUUAUGACUCACCCGGCGGUUGCGUGGGAUGCGUUUAUUAGAGGCAUAGGUUCCAUGUAAUGCCCGAAUGGGCGUCCUCAUCCACUCGACCCCCUUUCAAUCCAUGUCCUCUUCCAGAAUUUGACAUGAAGCCAUUUUGGAUGAUUGCGGACAGCAUUCGUUGUUUCGUAAUACCGGCUGGGCUUGUGGCUUUUUUUAUAAGUAACCGAUUUGCCAGCCUAGCCCCUAAUAAGGCUUAAUGGUGUUGUCAAUGCUGGGCCCGGUACUGCCCGUUUUUCAAACCCCUAAGACUGCCGUUUUUAACAGCAAGCUUUCGCUGCAGGCUAUUCGACUAUCCGUCACUUGGACGCUCUGGAUAGCACGUGACAGACUCCGUCUUCUCAGCGCUCCUGUCCCACGUGUGGGUGCUGAUGAGUGUUUCCGCCGGGUUUCUUAACACAGUGUGCUCAAUCAGUCCGUACGGGCUUUUGGGUAUAUCCGGACGUUGUUUAUUUUCUUAACUGACAGUCACAGUCAGUGUCAUCAGCGUUGAUGUAUUUGAGACUCCUGUCUAAGGUCCUUGCUUGAACAGCCGCUCCACCUGAAACAUAAUAUGUCGACCGUUCCAAGUAACGGGGUCAACUGCUGUCCUGUCGACACAGUGGUGAAAAGCUUGUUUAGCAUCCACCUACCUCCUAUAUUACCGUGCCCAUUGCGUUCAGGGGACAAGACUGGGUCAAGAAAACUACAAAUGUUACUUGAGUGCGCUGAUUUCCGAGGCUGAAAGUACGUCCAUGCGUGUCACACGCUUGUUGAUGUCUAACUGCACAUUAGCCCGGGGAAGGAGGCAGCCUUGGCCUUCGUGUCAAUGACAUAUUUUAUAGAAAACAUGCACAAAAGUAUGUUUUCUUUUACUCUUUUUGUAGAAAAUCACAUUGUCUUCAUAUUUUAUGGCCAAAGAAAGGUCAGCUUUCGGUCUUGAAAAGUUUCUAUUUAUGAGAUUUUUAAGACCGUGCGAUGUCCAUGCAUGCAAGACCGCGCAUGUCCGUUUACUAAUGCUCCUCUUGAAAUGUACAACACUUUCCGGAUCCAUUGAAAAGCUUCAUGAACUCUAUGUGGUAUCCUCUUAAAGGCAUAGAGGAAUAUAUGAUUUUCCUUACGCGGAAAGCAUGCACCUUGUUGACUGAAAUUGCUAAACGCCGAUGCAAUAGCACAUCAGGCUGAAAAUUAUUCGAGAAUGGGGAAACUUUUUAAAACCUAAAUACACAUCUUCUUCGGGCAUAGAAUAUGAAGACAAUGUGGUUUUCUACCAAAUGAGCAAAAUAAAGCAGAUUUUUUGUGCAUGUUUUCUAUAAAAUACUAGCCGGACCCCGCCACGCGUUGUUGUGGCUCAAUCUGAUGAAUUGGGAAAUAAGGGAAAGAGGAAGGAGCACGUUCCCAAUUAACAAAAAUGUAAGGGUCACCGGUUGGCGGUACGUAUUGUGUGCGAAACCCAGGAUUGUCCUUCUAGCCGCUAUCGAAGGCAGGGCAAUUGUUUGCUGCGCGCAGUCGCUCUCGAGGAUUCCGGAGUAAGUGGUGACGGCUGGCAUUUAUUUCGUCCACCGGUGUCGAUCGAGGCAGUGGUGGCCUGAAGUCUCCUGCAAGCAGCAGCAGUGCAUCAGAAAUGGUCUGCUGUUUCCUCGAAAAUCCUGCAGUGUUCGAUCGGGGGCCUUGAGCGCUUUUUUGCGCCAUUGUGAAUUCAUCCAAAACAAUGGCUUUGCAUUUCUGCAGUACUUUUCUCAUGUCGGAUGCUUUGGAAAUGUUACAUGAGGGACUUUCAAUGAAUUGCUCAUUCAAAGGCAAUUUCGAAGCUGAAUGAACGGUUUUUCUGCCAGGUAGCAGAGUUGUAGCUAUUCCCGGGGAUGCAAGUGCUAGGGCUACGUCAUUUAUUGGAUCGAAUUGCCGCCAGAAUCGGUCGUAGUAGGACCGUUUUGCCAGUCCCUCCUGGCGCAUCUACGAAGAAGAUUCCUCCAACCCCGUUACUGACAUUACGCAGUAUUUGAUCGUAAAUGUCAUUCUGCUCCAGUCUUAGCUUGUGAGUCUUUGAUUGUAAGCAUUGCAGAAGCUGAACCGUGUUUCGUUUUGUUCAUGGCGCCAAUCCACAUCAAACGAAGCAGCAGUAGAUUGGGUUUGCGGUGACAUUCCCAGUUGAUUAAGAACUUUUUUCGCGAUUUCUGCGUACAUAUCCUCAAUCAAUAUUAACGCCUCGCUGUAGAUUCCUGUUGUGCAAGCCGCAUUUGAAUUUUCCUUGCAUUGUUGACGGAAGGUAUCUUCAGCCAUCUGCAAAUUCUAUUUCUCCGGUAAAUCUGUUGGAGAUGAUGAGAGAAUGCGGUCAAUAUGACUGCAAGCAAUCCAUGAAUUUGAUGUGUAUGGGACGUGUUGCAGGCGUCAUUAAUACAUACGUCCUACUGUUGAUCGUUCUGCUGUAACUGAGGAGCCUGACACGCACUGCUGAAAGUGGCAUUUGUACCGCCGUUGACAGAUUUCAAUUGCUGAAAAGACGGUGGACCGGGCACAUUCACCACCACCAUGCGAGGUAAGAUUUGGAUUCACGGUUUGCAGUCUGCCUAUCGCAGUUCAUUUGAGCAUACCGGAGCGACCGUCCCCUCACUCUCGUCGUUUGCGUCAUUCGGAUGAUUUUCUACACACAUUCCCUGUGUAAUAUGUAGGCACUUUCCAAUGUGGCAGUGUUUUCGCAAACGCGUCACUUUGGCUUAACGUGGAGAACGUAGUUGCCAGUGGACCUAAGGCAACCUUUUGCACAUUUGCAUCGGUAAAGUAAACGCAUUGCCCAUUCUCUAACCGUACUGCAGGCAAACAACACCUGGACUUCGCUCAUGGAUGAGGAACUAAAGAAGUCGUCACAUGGAUUUCUUAUCGUUAACGCAUCGUCCAGCCCAAUACUUUGCGACUUCACUGUGUUGUAUGUCCGCAUCCCUUUAUCUCCUUUCGUGUUGCAGGCCAAAAACGGCCAUGUCGCCGCCUUUAUUCACCUGCUUACAUAUGUACCUAAUUCAUUUCCCAAAAUUGCAGCGUUCCACGUUUAUGUGAGCUGCGUUUGCUUUUUAAAGCAAAGGCGAAUAAGAAGCAACCGAGCAGUUACCGGACUUCUAUGUCACCGAUUCGCAUUCGUACGGUCGCCAAUUUGCAGAUGUCUUCCGCUGAUCAUUUUCGGUAUAAGGGACUUCCGUCUAUCAUGCCGAGGGGAGGAGGGGGUUGUAGAAUUUGGAUUCAGUCCAUCAAAGGUUCAUGUAUCAUAUUCUUCGUCACAACUUCAUGCAAAUCAUUGUCGACGUCGACAUCAGGUAAUUCGGCGCAUACUGCGUCGUCGAUUUCGUUGGAAGCGAUCUUGUUAUAGAGCCAGAUCAGGACAUGUGCAUGGGGCAGCCCCCUCUUGCCGUUCCACCUAAUACAUUCAGCUGCUGUUUUCGAUGGAGGAAUUACAGGCAGUAUUUGCCUGAAGUCUCCUGCAAGUAGUAGCAGUAAUCUCUCCAAAUGGCCUGCUUUUUCCGCGCAAAUCUGGCAGUGCUCGAUCGAGGACCUCGAGCGCUUUUUUGCUCACGGCGCAAAUCCACAUCUAACGAAACAACAGAAAGCCGGUUUGAUGAGGACAUUCCCGGUUGAUAAGGAACUUUUUUCGCGAUUUAUUACGUAUAUAUCCACAAUCACUAUUAACGCCUCGCUGUAGAUUCCUGCUGUGCAAUCCGAAUUUGGAAUUUUUUGCGUAGUUGACGGAAGAUAUCCUCAGCCAUGUGCGACUUAUAUUUCUCUCAUAGAUCUGUUGGAGAUGAAGUAGAGCAGGCGGUCAGUAUGAUUGCAAGCAAUGCACGAAUUCGAUGUGGAUGGGACGUGCUGCACACAACACUAAUGCAAACAUCCCAGUGUCGGUCAUUUUCCAAUAAAUUGAGGGCCUGGCAAGCACUGCGAAAUGUGGCGUGCGUAACGCCAUUGUCAGAUUUCAAUUGCUGGAAAGACGUUGAAACGGACAUAUUCACCAACACCGUGCGGAGUAAGAACCAUUCGUCCUGAUUGGGAUGCACGCGUGCAGUAUGCCUAUCGCAGUUCUUCUUAAUAUGCCGAGGUGUCCAUCCACUCGGUUCCCUCGUUUGCGUCGAACAAAAGAUUUUCUGCACGCAUUCCGUGUAAUACGUAGGCACUUCCGAAUACAGCAGUGUUUUCGCAAACGCGUUAGUUUGGCGUAACGGGAAGAACGCACUUAAUGUGCGUUGCCGGUGGCCUGUUGCACAUUUGCAUCGGUAAAGUAAACACAUUGCUCAUUCACUAAGUGUACCUGAUUUUUGUGCAUGUUUUCUAUAAGAUAUAUCUGAAUUUAUAAGGCCAUCGAAAAUCAAUAGGAAAAAUGCAUGCUACUUAAGUAGUCGUUUUUUUCCGGGUGUGGCUUUUGUAGGAGGUCAAAAAGAAGUACUUUCAAAAGCCGACAUCCUGGUGGGUCCGAUAUGUUAUAGGGUUAUGCUGCAUGAUAAUCAGUAUAACAACCCCACUUAAGUAAUCCUUCCGACUCGGAAACGUAUUCCAGAAUUUUGACCAGCAUAUAAUGAGAUCGGUCACACACUGUAAUUUAAGAGUUUAAAUCUACAGGGAGCGCAGAUUCCUGGUUCACCAGAGCCAACAUGAUACUUCAGCCUCUGUACGUAGUUGUGAAAAGCUUUUUUAGCAUCUACCUGCCUCCUAUAUUACCAUGCCCAUUGCGUUCAGGGGACAAGACUGUGUCAAGAAAAUUACAAAUGUUACUUGAGUGCGGUGAUUUCCGAGGCUGAAAGUACGUCCAUGCGUGUCACACGCUUGUUGGUGUCCAACCGCACAUUAACCAGGUGAAGGAGACAUCCUUGGCCUCCGUGCCAAUGGGAGUUGACUGGGGGCGCUGUGGAAAAGUGUCACGUUCGCUAUACUUACCAGGGGAGAGAGAUAGUUUAGACGGUUGACGUUGUUAGGUGAGGGCGCACAAGCCGCCGCCAGCGAGGAAUUACGAGGAUGAGUUACUAGCCCGACCACAUGUCCAUGAAGCCCAGUCUGAGGCCCCGCGCAAGGUCUGUCACCAUUGAUGCUGGCAAGAAAUGUUGUGUGGCCUUAUAGUGGUGCUGCGUCCGAACAAGACGCUCACCUCCAUGCGACCCCAUGCAAAUAUCAUGUUGCCAUGCCUCUAGAAUUGCGCACCCCCCGCCUUUUAUCCUCUUUAGGCAGCCUAUGAGUCAGUGUGGUGGAACGGCAAUGAUACGCACUCUCUGGCUCCCGAUUUGCAAGGCGGUCGCCUGUUCGCCAACCCCACCGACUACGCCGCCGUCAGGCGUGAUCUAGCUCGUCUGCGCACCCAUCAGCUGCCACCCUCUGGCUCCUACGAGAUAACAAUCACGUUGGUUAGUGCAUUCUCGGGACCACGUCUGCCUGUCACAGAUGACUGGCUCUGGACGUCGUCUAGUCAGGGACACAGUCUUGGUGAUUGGCUUCGCCUGUCCGUCGAACCCGGGCUUCUUGACCUCCAGCGCUACGUCCGCUUGAACAUGUACUCGCAGUACUUGUACGCCGUUUCCCUGGAAGGAUUCCAAUCGAGGUACUUUAGUGCUACCUGUCUUACGCCUCUUUUGCACUUCUCUUACCCUACAGGCUCUCAGAAGCCUAG